AUGUUUUUCGCCACUCGCAAGCGCAGGAGAGAGGAGGGAGGGGCGGCCCGCCCUCCGCAUGUUUCCGCUUCUUCCCCGUCGCCGCCGCGACCCAAAAAGAGGAAGAAAGAAAGAGCGAGAAAGGAAACUUCUCCCUCUCCGUCGCCCGGGCGUGAGCGCCGACGCCGUCGCUCCCCCAUCGGCUCGACGCGUCAGGGCGUUGAAAAAUCCAACAAACUCUCGUUCGCUUCUCCCCUGUCGUCGCCGUCGCCUGCCAGUCAGUCGCCUGUCAUAAUUGAUCUUUGCUCAGACGACGAAGAGGGGAGAGAAGAACGCUGGCCCCUUCAGGCCGCGACGAACGCCAGGGAGGAAAGCUCUUCACCUUCAUCGUCUGCAUCCUUACUGGAGAGGCGCAAAGCGUCUUCCUUCUUGGCGGGAAACGUGCGGAGGGGACUUGGGAUAGCAGACGCCCACGGGGACCAACCAGAUGAAGACGGGGAUGAAGCGCCUGCUGCCUUUCCGGCGUACGCUACCUCAGCUGCCGUGCAGCGGGGCGUGAGUCACGCAGAUGCGACUUCUGUAGGAGCCUGGGGAACGGAACCUGCCUCUCUGUCCUCCAGGGCGGCCUCGUUCCGCCGCAUCUCUCAGCCUGGUCGCGCAGAUGCACAAGAGCUGUCGGUUUCCUCGUCCAUGUCUCUCUUUCACCAGGCGCUAGGUGAGAGGCCCGCGGCUCCAACUUCGUUUCCUUUCUCUGCUUCGGCGCCGAAGAACGGUUCCCUCCAAACUCUCCCGUCUGCUGCCGAAGUUGCUGAAGGACGUUCCGAGGGUUCGCUGAAGCCCAAAUGGCUGACGGUGGGGCGGAGCUUCGACGUGUCUCUUCUUGGCGGUCGCGGAGACCGCUCGUUGGGCGCCACCGCUGGUGUGCCGAGCGGGCCGCGGCUCGAGAGGGGACGGGACGAGGCCGCGGCCAGCCUCAGACCCAUCUCGGGCUCUGCGGUUCGGCGAGAGGAAGAAGAGCGAAAGAGAAAGAACGCAGAGGAGAAGAGUCUCUUGGAAGUGAAGUGUCUUCUCGGGCGAGAUGAAGAGACAGUAAAGAGACGAUCAAGAAGGCAAGAGCGAGGCGACAUGACGGCUUUUGAAGAUGCUGACUUCGAUUCACUGAUGCCGCCGCCUUCGUCCAUCUUCUCAGCGGAAGACUUUGAUCAGCUCAUGGGCUUCUCGCACCCCACGACGGUAUUUUCCAGUCAGAGGGAGCAUAAGAAAAGCGCGGGGCGAGGGCCAGAAACGCCCUGUGAAGGCCCCGAAGACGACGAGGAAGAACACUUGACUGCACGCCCGGGGCCCCGGCUCGCUGAGGUUGAGAAACGACAGACGAAGAAUGAAAGGAGAAAGCUGUUGCCUUCUGGCCUCCUGCAUGACAGUCCGAGAAGGAGGGAGAAGCGAGGGAACGAGACUGAAGGGGAAGAAGAGGGCCCUGUCCUUCGUCUACUUUCCUUCACACUCACCGACUACAAGGUACAACCUGAUUCGCUAAAGAAGCGGGCGAAAGAGACGAGAGUGAAAGAAAGCCACCAGGCGUCCGACGAGGCCAAGAGACCGGAGAUUCAAGCACGCGACGACGGCCUUCCGUUCUACGAGAGAAUCCCGUUUGUCGUCGGGCGCUCGUCCACUUCGUCGACCGUCCUCGCGCGACUCUCGCGCGCCACGGGUCGCCCCACGCUUUGGAAUUUCUCUCAUCUCUCUUCUUCGUUUCCGUCUCCUUCCAUUCUUCUCCCUACUCUCCGCCAUGUUUCGGCGUCGGGGCCCCCGCUUCCUGGCGGUCGCCCCGCGGCGAAAGCAAGUGGGGAACGCGGAGACCGCGCGCGCGCGCAAGGCGGAGACGACGCUGCGGGGCUGUACACGGUGGGCGUGACGUUUGACGUCGAAGGCGCGACCCUGUCUGGGGAAAACGAGAAAACGCUCCGGAGGGAGCAUCCCGCAGUCCAGGCCCCGUCCGUCGCAGGCGGCGAGAUGGAGGUCGCGCUUCAGGUGCAUCAGUUUCGCCAGCGGCUCGGCCUGCGUUGCCGGCGGGGCCCCGGAGAUGCGGCGAACUGGAUGUCCCUGGUUUCCUUCGAACCCCUUUUUCUCUUUUUCAGCAAAUCCCGCCGAAGUACCACCUCGUUCUCCGAAACUGCGGCGCACCGGCAACUCGCGCUGCUUUCCAGAGCCCGCCGGGAGGCGCCCGACAGUCUCCAGCUUCUCUUUCUCUCUCUGUUUCUCUCUUCGCUCUACGACGAACCCGCGCAUGCUCUCUUUCUCUGGCGCCGCGCGCUGUUGGAUCUCCCCGGGAAGCGCCAGGAAUCACGGCCCGUGCAGACUCCCGACACGGUACCAGCGAACCGGCGCGUCGCGACCGGAGAGAGCUCGGCGGGUUUUUCUCCCGGCGCUGCUGAGGACGGCGCGCGAAGCGCCGCAGCCGCACAGGCAGAACGUGGCUCUGGCGUCCCCGCCUGGGCCUCGUCGGACCUGUGGGAAGGGCGGCUCUGGCUCGAGCACUUUUUCUCCGCGGUGGGGAUCUUUGACUGCUUUUCAGUCUCGGCGUCGCGAGCGCUCGCAGGCGACCUUGUCGAGCUCCUCGCGCAGCGCGCGGCGCGUCGAGAGGCCGCGGGGUCAAAGGCCCGGAAGACGAGCGACGCAGAGCCGCGGCAAACUCCCGCUGCCGAACGGGGCGCCGACUUCUCCGCGGAGGACGCUCGCCUUCAGGUUCUCCUCGGGGGGCUGGUCCCUUGCGAGAUUCGCGGUGGACACCACGGCUUUGUUGUUCGCCUGCUCCAGGCCUUCCUCCACGCCGAAGUCUACGCGGCGAGUCUCGGCCCCGGAGGCCGCAUGCUCGGGAUGCAGCAACUCGAGCUCGCCUUCGCGUCCCCGCACAACCUGCAUUUCGGCGAUCCGUGCGCCGGCUACCUGUUGCACUCGACGCUCCAGCUCGCGUCGAUGAUGCGUCCCGCGAGCUCGCUUGCUUCGGCGCCUCUCGAGGCGAAGACCGACGAGGCUGCGGACGGCCUCCGGCUUUGCGAGGCUGUCGACGAGUGGGUGAAGAGCGAGCGACGGCGCGUCUGCGAGGCGCACGUGAGCGCCUUUUCCUUCCUCGACGAAGAAAGGCGGAGAAGGGCCAAGGCGGCUUCUCGACGCCUCUUGCCCGCGAGGCCGAGUUGCAGCCGAGCAGAGCUCACGGAAGACCCCGACAAACUCCUCGCCCUCUUCCUCCACCAUACCGAGCGCGCCACGACGACCGCCGCUCUUUUCGACUGGUUCCUCGCCGCCGAAGAGGCCAGCGAGACACUCGCGUGGUGGGCAGACGACGCAGGGGAGGCGGACGCGGAACAGGACGCGGAGCAGACGCCAGAGUGUGAAGACGCUCUGGCGUCUGAUCCGCACAACGCGACCGAGAGCCUCGCCUUCAGCUCCGCGUCUCCGUGGACCUCGCGCGGGCGCAGUCGUGCACCGGCCGUUGGCGAGCUCCUCACGCGUCUUUGUCUCCCUGCGGAGGCGCGUUCUGUUGCCGACGAACGUGACAGCGAGCGCAGCGGCGAAGAAGGUCGAGAAGACUGGCAGAGAGACGAGCGGAGGAAGCAGGAGCAGAGGGACCGGCUCCUCGCAGGCCUAGACGCCUUAGCGUCGCCGUCUGUCCAUCGGUUCUGCUCCAACGAUCCGAGAGCCGCGCGCGCCAUUGAGGGGGCGGCCGAUGCGCGGCUUCUUUUCACCGUCAGUCUCCUCAGCGUCCCGUCAAAGUUUGGGUCGCCUUCCCCCGGCGGUUCGUGGUCUCCGGUUGCCCCUUCGCCUCAGGGGGUUGCCGGUAGUCCCUCGCGAGCGGCAGCGCACGAGGCAGAGAGCCGCGACCGCUCGAGUCGCCUUGUACAGUUCGAGGACCCGGACUCCGCCGAGCGGGCGGCGCCUCCGGAAGGGAAACUGGAAGAGAAGGAAAAGCCCAAGAAAAAACGAAGCAGGGAGGGACACCCUGGCGCGCUGUUCGGCUCGUGGUGGCCCGACAGAACGUUUGUGGAAGACAGCGCCCGUUCCUCGCUCGCGGCGACGCUCAGCGGACUCUGGAAGGGCGUUGAAGCGCAGCUGAGCGACAGUGUAGCCAGGCUGGCGAGGACGAAGCAGGAGGCAAUCGGAGAGAGAAGACGCAGAGAAGAAGAAGCGGAAGAGCCGGACGAAGGCGGACGGCAAAAAAGCGGAGAAGGACCGGGAGACGGUGGAAGAACACACGACAGAGGUGGUGGUGCAGGUCGAGGAGGCGACAGGGAGCGCGAGCCGUCUCUGCCACACGAUCUCUCGAUCGAAGACGAGACCAAGAAAAUGAAAGAAGCGCGAACUCGCGCGCAACUCAUUGGUCUUCUUUCUUCCCAGGCGCUGCUCUGUCUUCCUGGAGAUCCUCUGGUGGCGUACUGCGUCAUGGCGGCGUGUCGGAAUCCCAAAGUGACCAAGGCCGUCCUGCGCCUCUUUCCGUCUUGUCCCGGCCUCUGGCUCGCGUACGCGUCCUCCCUCUACCACGAAGCUUUCCAGCAGCACCCGGGAGCACGUCUCUUCUCUUCCUCCGCACCCUCGCCUUGCUCGGCCUCGGUGCCUUCGUCGGAACGCUGUAGAGGCGCGCAGAGUGGCGACGCAAAGACAAAGGAAAACAGGUGCGCUCUGGCGUCUGCCAGGAACGUCAUGUUCACCUGUUGCUCAGCCUUCUCCCACCACCUGCCUCUCGCGGCGUCCUGGGCUCACCUUGAAAUCGUUUCCCAAAAAGCGCCUGACUUCUCCUUGCCUCCGCCCUGGCCCCUCCCGGUCGGUGCCGACUCGCCUCUCUCCUCCCUCUCGCCCCAGGAGGUGCUGGUUCUCCACGACGCGUGUCGCGCCCCGCUCGACCGCAGCCUCCCGGCGCUCUGCUGGCUUUCCCCCCUCUUCGCUUCUCCCGCGUCUUUGCGAGCGCCCUGCCUGUUGCCGUGGGAAGGCGCGGGGCUCUCUGAGCGGGCAGUGGGCGUGGCGUGUUGCGCAGCAGAAGGAAAUUUCGACGACUUGUCUCCUCGCGCGGCAGGCCUCCCGGCAGAGCCGCCGUUAAAGGCCCGAGGAAAUCGAGAAAGGGAAGAAGAGCGGGAGAGGCCGCCCGCUUUGUCCUUCCUUGAUCGCAAGCGCCUCAUCGCUGCCAAGCGAAGACUGACCGAGAAACUGAACGCCCUGGCCAGAGACAAGUUCGCCGCCGUCCCUCCACGCCAGGAGCAGGAGUUUCCUCUUCUUUCCUCCCCGCUUUAUUCGUGUAUCUUUCUCCUCUCCAUUCUCUCUGCCGCCCUCUCUCCGGCAUCCCCAUCCGUCGCGGCGUGGCGGGUCUUGAGCGGCUCCGCUCUUCCUCGUCUUCUCUCUUAUCUCCCGCGUCAGCGCGCCCCCGAGGGUUGGCAUCCGUCGGGCGGUCUCGGCGAGGAAAAGGGAGCACACCUUGGGGAAGUUCCCCGCGACUGUCAUUUCCUGGCCGGCGUGUCUGAAAGGAACGUGACGGGCGCAUGCACGGCCGCGGAGGCGGGGCCGCAACUCAGUGGCGAAGAGGCGCGCUGCGUCGAACUUCUUUUCACUUUUCUCUUGUCGCUUCUGGUUGCUCUGGGGCGCUCUCCGCUUCGCCUCGCUGUUUCGACGGAAAGCCGAGAAAAAGCUGGGCGCGGAGAAGGCGAGGCCGAGGGGCACUUUCGGCGACGACACACGGACGCGCUCGACGUUCGCCACCGCCUUCUUCACCUUUUGCGCGUCCCGUUUUUUGGGAUUCUUUCCUCGCCCUGGCCGCGCGUCUGGAGCCCCAAACGGGAAGAAGAAAAGGCCUCGAAGCAUGUCGCCUCCGGAUCCGGGACAGCUCCAAGCACCGCGGCGCUGGCGUCUGUUUGCGCGAACGCAGGCGCGCCGGAGGAAGCCCGAAAAGAAAGCCGCGACGCGCGUCGGGCGGAAACGCGAGUGGGUCAGGGCGAGGCCGGAAAGGAGACAAAGUGGAGUCUACGGGACGGGGGAACGGGUAACGCAGCAAAGACGGAGAUGACGGAGAGACGAAACAACGCGACGGGGGAAGGCGGCGCAAGCGACACGGAGACAGCGAGGAAGAUCGGAGAGACGGACGGCGCGGAGGCGAGCGCGACGAGGGCGACGAGAGCGAGAGAACAGGCCGGAAACGUCGAGACUCGCGAAGGAGAAGGUGGCGAGAUGCCUGCUGAGGCAGAAGGCGAUGAGGAAGGCUGCGUCGACAUCGAACAUACGUUUUGUGCGGAGGAAACUGACCUGGAAAUCACGGCAGAAGGCGCCUUCUCGCUGGCAAUGCUUGAAGCGUUCGUUCUCGCCGAAAUCCUCGCCGGGGCGCCCUCCCUGAAACUCCUCACCUCGGCUUUCGAGUUUGCCUUCCACGACGCACAACUGUCCAUCGCGUACGGGGCUAGCCCUUCUCGUUUCUUCUCGCGCUGGUCUCCCACUUCCUCGCUGGCGAAGGAAGGGAUAUUCUUCAUGUACGCUCACGUCCUUUUGCUUUUUCUACGUGAUUUCUCCGCGGACGAAGGCGGCGAGGCGGCCUCAAGUAGCCAGGCGCGUGGAGUCGUCGGCUCCUCGCUUCUGAAGACACCAGGCGCUGGGAGGCGAACGGAGACCGGCGCCCAGAGGAAGAGAAGGAAAGCCCUCGAGCGCGAUCUCGACAGAGUACUCCUCCGAGGGAUCACGCAGUGCCCCUAUUCCAAGAGUACUUCUCAGCUUCCCUCUUGCCUCACAGAUCCUGUGUUCCUCCUUUUGUCUUUGGCCGCAUUUUUUCUUCCGGGCGCGAGUUCCUCUCGUCGCCUCCCGUGUUUUUCCUGGUGUCCCUCCCCUCUCCGCGUCUCCCCCCUGGCGCUGCUGAAUGAGCAAACUGCUCACGUCUGUCCUUUUUGCCGUCCCUCUCUUCUCCGUUUUGCCUCUACGCUGGCGGUGACGCUUCUCAUCCUCUGGGGCCUCUCUGUGCUGGGUUCUCGCGGUCUUCCCUGGCAGGCUGUGGCUGUUGCGUCUUCAUCGGCUGGCCAAGGCGCGCUGUGCCCGCCGCACUGCCUCGGAUCGAGGCGAUCUCUGUUCUUUCUUCUUUUCCCCGACUGGAGAAUCAUUAAAGAAUCCGCAGCAACGCACCCACCCGCUUUCUGCGACGUCGCUCUCGCCGUCCAACUCGAGGGCCCCGCUGAGCACGGCGCCGGCGGCUGA